CCUGAAACCUGCAGAAGUAGAAUUCAUGGCUGUAGACAGCUCGAAAGGCGUCGACGAGGUUAAGCGCAGGGGACUGGCGAGUUGGCGGGACGCUGAGGUUGACCACGGCGGUGACCGAUCGGGUCGGAACCUGCAAAAGUACCAGGCCAUGGCGGCUCCCCAAUCGUGCCCGACCAAGAAGACCUUGUCGAUCUUGAGGGCGUCGAGGAGGCCGACGAGGUCGCCGACGAUGUGGAAGGCGGUGUACUUGGCCGGAGAUGAGGGUGCGCCGGAACAUAGAAGGAAUAGAGGAUUUGCGAUGCCGACGGUGGAAGAAAGAAGGAACAGCGGGAGAUGGGGAGGAACAUAAGAAAUUGAAUACGAGGAGCGGACUAGAUAGGGUUUGGAAAUUGAAUACGAGGAGAAGAGUUGUGGCGGCUCCAGUGGACUUCAUGGGUGACGGGUAGAGAGCUAUGCCGAGUACUGCUCCGUACGUACUGAUUAGUAGCGACGGCGGCGGUGAUUGUGGAGGUGGGAAAGAGACGAUGAUUGAGAACGCCGGCCGGAUCUAAAAUAUGGAGAAACAGGGAGAAGAAAACGUCGGCUGAAAGCGAUAGAGGGAGGUGGAAUUUUAUAUUUAUAUUUAUUUUUGUGUAACUUUACUCUUUUAUCCUUAAUGAAUUAUGAUGUUACUA